UCCGCCCGCCGCCGGCGGAAGCGGAGGUUGCGGCGCCGCGUGUGUCCGGCCGGGGCUGAGGCGGCGGUUCCCGUCCCGCUCCCGUUCCCGUUCCGCUCCCGCCCAGCUCCCGCCAUGGCCGUCCGCGCCAGCUUCGAGAACAACAACGAGCUGGGCUGCUUCGCCAAGCUGACCAACGCGUACUGCCUCGUGGCCAUCGGCGGCUCCGAGAACUUCUACAGCGUGUUCGAGGGGGAGCUGUUCGGGACCAUCCCGGUGGUGCACGCCUCCAUCGCCGGCUGCCGCAUCAUCGGCAGGAUGUGUGUGGGAAACAGACAUGGACUGUUGGUGCCAAGCAGCACAACAGACCAGGAGCUCCAGCACAUCCGCAAUAGCCUGCCAGAUUCCAUACGAAUCCAACGAGUGGAGGAGCGUCUCUCGGCACUGGGCAAUGUCACCACCUGCAAUGACUACGUAGCUCUUGUUCACCCAGAUCUUGACAGGGAGACAGAGGAGAUCUUGGCAGAUGUACUGAAGGUUGAGGUUUUCAGACAAACGGUAGCAGAUCAGGUGCUGGUAGGAAGUUACUGUGUUUUCAGUAACCAAGGAGGAAUUGUGCAUCCCAAAACUUCAAUUGAUGAUCAGGAUGAGCUGUCUUCAUUGCUCCAGGUCCCACUCGUGGCUGGAACAGUGAAUCGUGGCAGCGAGGUCAUUGCAGCAGGGAUGGUUGUCAAUGACUGGUGUGCCUUCUGUGGGCUGGAUACAACCAGCACCGAGCUCUCCGUCAUUGAGAGUAUCUUCAGGCUGAAUGAAGCUCAGCCAAGUACCAUUGCUACCAACAUGAGAGAUUCCUUGAUUGACAGCUUGACAUGAGCAGUGUCGGUUCCUACUUUCCAGAAAGCUCCUAAGGAGUGAAGUGUCAAGCUGCACUUUGGAUUACAAACAUCCAGACCUUCUGAUGUUGUUUCUGCAGGCCUGGCCCAAGGAAGAAGCUACAAACCCAAUCUUUUCUACUGUUUAGUAAACUAAGUGUUACUACAAAACCUGACAAAUAACAUGCAUCAGUUAUGAAUAAGGAAUGUUCUCGAUCCCUUUGCUGGCAUUUUCCAGUUCUUCAGCUGUGCUUUCUCGUGUUGUGAUGCUGACUGUGCCCUUCACAUGAGCCCACUAUAUUUACUCCUGUGGCUCUUGGAUAUUGGUCACUAGAGAUUGUUUUGCCUUUAAAUAAUCCCACAUUACUGUUAUGCUGCACAGCAGAGUAUUUCAGCACACAUAUGGCACUGCCCUCUCUUUCCACACUCUUGCCAAAGAGCGGUGGUUUUGCUGUACAUAGACGUAAAAGCUCCUUGUAUGUCCAGUGCCAAGAAUACAGUAAUUUAUGUGCCACAAAAUAGUCUGAAGUCAUCCCCUGCUCUCUUGCUCUGACCUGCAGCUAUUCCCACGUGGUGUUGAAGAGAUCAGCUGUCAUUAAAACUGGAGUUUCUCAGGGUCAGUCCAGGGGCUUCUAACAGCAGCAGUGUGUGAACACACACUGGAACAGUGGUGGCUGAUCUGUUUGGUGGCAUGUGUGCUGCUGCUGAGGUACCUGCAGGGCAGCUCAGGCAAGCAUGAUAGCCAGUGGGCUCCAGUUUGUUCUACAGGAAUUAGCCAGCUAUGCUGGGAGACUUGGGAACCAUCAAAUCAAAACCACCCCAUCUUGAGUUGUCUCAAGAGUGUCUUGACUCUCAACAGUUAUCUUGAGUAUCUUGAUGCAAAGGUUAAGUAACACAGUUCUAACUAGUUAUACCAUUCAGUCAGAUGUAGCAGAUUUGGGAGCUUGCUGAUUGGGAGCUCUGCCCUCGUAGCGGUGUGGUGAUGACAAAAACGAGCUGUAAGUACUAGUUUCAGGUAGAAGAUAUAGUCAUUUGCUUCUAAACAGAGCUGUUGGUCACUGAUCUCUCAUUUCAGUUGCUUCUGCUUGGCUGUUAGAGGUGUACUGGAAGCACAGAAAUACCACCAUUUCCCAUCGUGAGGCUAUGGUUACUCUCAGGUGGGUUCUUUUGAGGAGUGCUGGUCCGAAGGCAGUGUGGGCAGAGUUUUUUGUUUGGUGCUCUAGGCUUUGUAGAAGAUUUAGUAAACUUCCAUUUUUGUUUAUUUUCAUAUUGGCUGGAUGUUCAGGGAAGGUUUUGUAAGUCUUGUUGAUUAAAGGUUGCUCCUUAAAUAAAGAUUGCUACAGGAUCUUCUCUGGUCAUAGCAGUCCUGUCUUGGAUGAUAACUGAGCUAGAGAUGCCAUUUCCAGAGAGCUCCCCUUCCUUCUGCCACUGGGGAAGCCUGUAAGCAGCUCACAGCUCCUUGCUACUACAGUUAGCAAUUGGUUUUUAUGACAGCUUUGAUAUAGUGAACCACCUUUCUUGGCACUAGCUCCAGGUCUCCUCUUAGCAUAUCUCAGUAUUUAGAGUGAAUUCUGUAAGCUAAAACUCCCAAAGAAGUCAGGGCAAAGGAGGAGUGAGAUCCUCAUUCCCAUGGGAGCCGGCCUUGCAGUGUCAGAGCUGGCAGGUGGAGGGCCAUGAGGAUGAGACCAUGAGAACAGUGCGAAACAGUAAGGGAGGAAAGACAGCUCCGGUGGAGGUGAUGGAACAGCAGUUACAAGAGGCAGGCCCUUGGCAUGACACAGCCUGAGGCACUUGGAGCACUGUGCAACACCUGAGUGGCCCUUUAUAUGUGCUUUACCUCAGAGUCGGCACUCCCCAAUGGAGCUGCUGAAAGAAGGUGUUAAGGAAUGGUUAAUAAAACCAAGUUGUUUGUCUGCA